AUGCUGUUUUAUAUUUGCCAAAAGCGUUCUUAUUAAUAUGUGACGAAAGCGACUGAUCAUGCACCACAAACCCCUUAUUAUCAAGUUAAAAGGCUCAUCUCUUCUUCUAUGAAAUAAACCACACUCCAUUAAUGGAGCUUCAUCAUCCAAUCCAAGAAGACAAUGCCUUUCAGGAAGAGUUUCUGGCCCUAAGGAGGGAGGUCUGGGAUAUAUUCCCCCCAGAAAAUGAUGGGAUUUUCUCUCUUUUUGAGAACCCAAUUGUCUCUCCGCCACCGAUCCCCCAAGAAAAUGGAGGAUUUUUCCCGAUCGAUGAUGAUCUUGCCAUGGGGUUGAUACAGCAAGAUUAUGUCUUUGACACUGGAAUUCAAGUUCCAUCCACUAUUUCUUUCCCGGAAAAUCCAAUGACUCAUGCUUUCGGGGUUGUAAAUGAGCAGAAAUUAGGUGAGGUGCCAGAACUUGUUGCUGGUCCAGUGAGAGGGGUGGGUGGAGAGAAGAAAUGUGCUUCGAAGAAUUUGAUGGCAGAGAGGAGGAGGAGGAAGCGGUUGAACGAUCGGCUCUCCAUGCUCCGAUCAGUGGUUCCGAAGAUUAGUAAGAUGGAUAGAACUUCAAUACUUGGUGACACCAUAGAGUACACUAGAGAGUUGCUUGGAAGGUUGAAAUCCCUUCAAGAAGAAGUUGAUGUCAAUGGCCUGAACCUCUUAACCAUCUUCCACCAGCUUCAACACAACAAUGCAGAAGAGAAACGCAGCACCCCCAAGUUUGAUGUUGAGAAGAGAGGGAGUGUCACAAGGAUAGAGGUAUGCUGUGGAGGAAAGCCAGGAUUGCUUCACUCAACUCUCAACACCAUGGAAGCCCUAGGCCUUGAAAUUCAGCAAUGUGUGAUGAGCUGCUUUGGGGAUUUUGUUAUGCAGGCACUGUGCUUGGAGGAGGUGGAGCGCAGGAGGAUAAAGCCAGAAGAGAUCAAGAAUGCAUUGCUAACAAGUGCUGGUUAUGGAGCGAAAUGUGAUCAAAAUUGAUGGGGAGAGCUUUAGAGUGUUGUGUAGGGGAAUGUGAGAGGGUCUUUGUGUGGUAUUAGUUUCACAAUAAGGUUCCCACCAUUGUAGGAGUGUUGACAUGAUGGAUUUCACAUGUGUUUAUUUCCUGUUUUUUCCGCAUUAAAUAAAAUAAACAUUAUGUGUGUUGACCCACCGAAAA